GAGAGAGACAGAGAGAGAGGGAGGAAUAGAGCGAGCCAGAGAGAGGAAUCCCCCUGUUCAAACAAAAGCAGUUGUCAGGGCGUGUGUCUGCCUGGCGGCUCUCUCAGCUCAGACAUAUCCGUGGCUGUGAUGCUGUAAACACAGCGGACUAUAUUCUUGCAUAUUUGAGAAAGGAGUGUCAAUUAUUUUUGUAUGGCUGCUUUUUCACAUUCGGCAUCACUCCAAUUGGAGGAGUUCAUCCCAAUCAACGUGAUUGAAACAUGCCUGCAGUUUUCCGGGAGAUACAUGUCCAUUCUAGUGGAGACAACUUGGCCACAAAUUGCCAAGGUGCUAUCAAGGGAAUCAUCUGCGGGGAUUUGGUGACGCGUUUGCAAUAUGACAGGCCAGGCCCUGAGGAAACCUGGCGACAGGGCUCCUGUGGAGGACAAUGCCGCCAUCUGCAUCAACGUGGGUGGCUUUAAGAAGCGUCUCCACACAGACACGCUGUCUCGGUUUCCAGAGACACGGCUGGCGCGCCUUCUCCAAUGCCGGUCCAAGGAGUCCAUACUGGAGCUGUGUGACGACUACGAUGAUGCAGAAAAAGAGUUUUACUUUGACAGGAAUCCCGCACUUUUCCCCUACGUGUUGAAUUUUUACAACACGGGCCGGCUGCACGUCAUGGCCGAGCUGUGCAUCUUCUCUUUCAGCCAGGAGAUCGAGUACUGGGGCAUUAACGAGUUUUUUCUCGACUCCUGCUGCAGCGGCGCCUACCACUGUCGGAAAAUGGACCAGGACCGAGAGGAGUGGGAGGACAGGAGUGACGAAGGAAGCACCGCAUCCUCAUUCGACGAGCUGUUGGAGUUUUACAACGAUGCCUCCAAAUUUGACAAGCAGCCAUUGGGGAGCACCCGCAGGCGCGUUUGGUUGAUGCUGGACAACCCGGGCUACUCGGUGGCCAGCCGCGUUAUCAGUGUCUUCUCGAUCCUGGUAGUGCUCGGCUCCAUUGCCACUAUGUGCAUGAACAGCAUGAGCGAGUUCAGCCUCUCGGACGCUCAGGGGCAGCCCACGGAGGACCCCCGCUUUGAGAUUGUGGAACACUUGGGCAUUGCUUGGUUCACACUCGAGCUGGUGGCCAGGUUCGCGGCGGCCCCGGACGUUGUGCACUUCUUCGAGCUCCCGUUGAACCUGAUCGACUUGGUAUCCAUACUUCCCUUUUACUUGACACUCGUCAUCAACCUGGUGGUGGAGAGCAGUCCGGCGCUGGCCAACCUGGGCCGCGUCGCUCAAGUGUUGAGGCUCAUGAGGAUUUUCCGCAUCCUGAAGCUGGCGCGCCACUCGACCGGGCUGCGCUCCCUGGGGGCCACCUUGAGAAACAGCUACAAGGAAGUUGGCCUGCUGCUUCUCUAUCUUGCGGUUGGGGUGUCGUUCUUCUCUGUCAUGGCCUACACGGUUGAGAACGAAGACAGCGAGGACCUGUCCACCAUUCCAGCGUGCUGGUGGUGGGCCACGGUCAGCAUGACCACCGUGGGUUACGGGGACGUGGUGCCCUUGUCUAUAGCGGGCAAGCUGACAGCUUCAGCCUGCAUCCUGGCGGGGAUUUUAGUUGUAGUGCUUCCGAUCACACUCAUUUUUAAUAAAUUCUCCCUGUUUUACAAGAGACAAAAACAGCUGGAGAUUGCAAUGCGAAGCUGCGACUUCGAUGAAGGCAUCAAAGAGGUGCCUUCAGUCAACCUGAGGAACUAUUAUGCGCACAAAGUCAAGUCUCUUAUGGCCAGCUUGUCAAACAUGAGCCGGAGUUCACCCAGCGAGCACAGUCUGAAUGAGUCUAUACACUGAGGGUGGUCCUUCGGGUGCCUGCGUGAGGACCCCGACCGGGAACCGAAGCAUUCGGCGUCAAAGUCCGAUUAACUUCCAUCUUGCAACCCAAGGGUUGUGGGAAAUUUGAAACACUAUCCAUGGGGAGUUGAAUCUGUUUUGAAAUUAUAAUCGGAAUUGAUAGGAAUGAAGUGGAACUUUGAGAUCAUUUAAAAAUGAUGAAUUUCACGCAAUAAUAACAAAGAACAUUUGUUUUAGAUGUUUUUGUUAUCAGUCCUUUACAGGAUAUUGCUGGUAUAUGUUUCCUCAGCUCAAAUCCUAAAAAAAUAAAUAAACCCAGUGAAGUCGGUGUGAGGAGAUCUGCCCUGGAGUUUUGAGGUUUUGGGUUUGACUCUUGGCUUCAGUCUCUCUGUGUGGAUUCUGCAUGUUUUACGUGUGCUUGUGUGGCUUUUCUCUGGGUACUCCAGUUUCCACAUUCCCAAAACAUUAAUGGCGGGUAGGUUAAAUGAAAAAUUGAAAUUGUCUGCAGGUGUCAAUAUGAGUCUCAGUGGUCUUUUGUCUAUACAUUAUGUGCCUUGUGAUUGGCUGGCGAUCAUUUCACUCAAAGCCAGCUGGGAUGAGCUCAAAAUCACCAUUAACCUUAGGAGGAAACGUGGCAUAUACAGUAAAACUAAUGCAUUUCAAAUAAGCAUUUUGUUUGUUGGGAGAAAUCUUUUAAUUUUCAGUCCUUUGUAGGAAAUUGCUGUGUUGCACCGGAUACACCAUAGUAAGCAUAAAAGUAGAAGUGUUAAUUAAAAUAUGCUUAAAUAUUUUCCAUGCAAUCACAUGAAGUUGUACAACAUCGGACCAGAGCAAGUGUGCGUGAUGAUCAAAAAAAUUUUGUGCACUGUUACCUUCCGAAAACAAGUCAUGUUUAGUACUGAAUAUAAUAUAUUUGAACAACAUAUUUUCAGGGGUAGAAUUGCAUGAUCUGUUUAAGUGAGGAUGACCGAGGUGGCCAGCAACAUGCUUGCAUGAUUUAUCCAAGAAUAUAAUUUUUAUCAAAAAAAUGACAAAGGGUCUUAUUUUGGGAAGGGGAAGAUACGGUGUACUGUAUUCAUAGAAAUAUAGAUACUCUCAUACUACAUGCUGUUUUCUCAUAAGAAUGAAUAGAAAUAUAUACAUUUUAAGUGGCUAUAAUACAUCAAAAUUACAUUAUUUGUAUGAAUAAGAACAGCAAUAUCUCUCUAUCUCUAUAUCUCUCUCUAUAUAUACUGUAUGUAUAUAUAUAUAUAUAUAUAUAUAUAUAUAUAUAUAUAUAUAUUUCUCCAUGAAAAAUAUCCAACUUCAAUUUUUUUUUUACCCUACCUAUGCCUCUCUGUAGCUGCGUGCAAUAAUCUUUGUGUCAGAUCUGAGUGGAAAUAACAGCAAAUUUAGUGGUGUCAGAGCAUGUCAUCCCAUCGUGCACAAACAGCAUUUGACAAAAACAUGAAAUGAAAAAGACAAAUGAUGCCGUGGUCAUUUUUGGUCUAAGACGGUGUACGUAAUGCAGCCUCCACCUGCUUGUUAUUAAAUCUGAAGUAAGCUCUAAAAGGUGUGAUUUUUAGGAAGAGACAAAUGUGAACUUGUGAUUUUGCAACAUUGUUACUUCACACGUGUGUGUCAUGCAAAGUGAAUUAAACAAGAAAUACAUUUAA